AUGUCCGGACGAACAGUGUCGUUUGGAUUCCUCACCCUCUGCCUCGCGUUCCUCGCGACUCUGGCGCAGGCCGUCAAGUUCGACCUUGCCCCGUCGAGCAAGCCUCUGAUCGUUAGCGCGAACAUUCCCCCGGUCGACGGCAUCCGCGUCGACAUUGACAUCGUCGACGGAUCCCAGGCCAAGAAUGUGUACCUGUCCAAGAAGGACAUCAAGGGCGAGAGCCGAUUGGCGAUCACGACGCACCAGUCCGCUGACGUCGGUGUCUGCCUGAAGGCGGUCCAGACUGGACAGUCUGCCCAGCGCACGCGCACGAUCGACCUGGACAUCGACAUUGGCGCGGACGCGUACGACUACAACGCGCUCGCGAACCAGGAGUCGCUUUCCGUGCUCGAGGUCGAGAUGCGCAAGCUCGAGAACGUUGUCAAGGAGAUCCAGGAGGAGAUGCAGUACCUGCAGAACCGCGAGAUGCGCAUGCGCGACACGAACGAGAGCACGAACGACCGUGUCAAGUGGUUCUCGAUCAUCAUCACGCUCGGCAUUGUCGCGCUCGGUGCGUGGCAGCUCAUGCACCUGCGCUCCUUCUUCAAGCGCAAGUACCUCAUCGACUAG